GGGGUGGGGGAGGUGAGUUCCAGAAGGCACGCUUCACAAGACGGACGCGGAGUGGGAGGCUGUCUCCCGAUAUCACCCCCCCACCCAGCAGUGUUUCUGUGGCCUACAUCCCUAAAAUCAGAUUGGUACUUUUUUAUAAUCCACCGAGUCAAUCGCUAUCUAAGAAGAUUUUGAACUCCUGCAUUGUUGCUGGCUGCCACUGCUGCUACUACUGCCGCCGCAGCUGUAGUGUGUGGGAGCAAGGCAUGAAGUGAUGUCGGAUCAUUCUGCGGUUCAUGAGUACUUUCAUGAGUCGUCUUGCCAGCCCACUUCAACCCGACCUUUGUUGAGCCCUUGCGGGGAAACUGUGACAGAAGCUGGUGAGUUCUUAGUGUAGAUCGUCAGGACGAGCUGGCAGUUUGACAUAGCGUCGCUGUGUGCACUCUUUCGACCGAGAUGCUGGACUUGGUUUUGACUAGAUUUUGGAUUUGAUCGAUUUGGGGGGACGGGGAGAGGGAGGAGUUUGGAGAGAGAGAAAGAGAGCGAGAGGGAUCUCGAGGUGAAUGUGCUCGAGACAGUGCAUAUUGAGUGGGAUUGAAGAGAUUCUGAGAGACGGAGUACGAGUGAAAUUUAGUGAUAGGACUGGGAUUUUGGGAUUGCCUGAGUUGUUUUGGUGAGAGAUAGAUGGCGAAGCGUACAAUAUAGCGAUCCAUUUCGAAGAAAACUACGUUUUGCUUCACAAAUGAGGGCACCGCGGGACAAAGAGGAGUUGGAAUCCGCUCUUCGUCUGUUUUUCUCAAGGAAUUAGAAUUCACGGGGAUCAAAUGAGCAUCCUUAGAAAAAGAAAAUCGACUUUACUCUUCCGUGCCACAAGGCUCCUGGGCUGGCUCUAGUAUCAUAUCCUCCGCGGAUUUAGUCUUAGGCUUUGGCAUUGGGCGUGUCAUCGUAUCUCUGUUAACUCAGGCCACUGGAAUGAAUCUGAAUCUCUGCUUUCAUGCUUCCAAUCUCCACUUUCAUAGGGACAAAUUCAUUUAGAGGGAUUGCGAAUUUGUCUCACUCAUACCAGCUUCAAAGAAUUAUCACUGAAAUUGUGAGUCUGGUACUCAUUUUCAUUUUACUUCGUUGGAUUUGUUUAUGUAUUUAGAUUUUUUCCUUCGAUUAACAGAUUUAAAAUGCUCAGCGCAUAGCCGACGCGCUCACCGUCCUUGGCUCAAAAUUAGUCCGCGAUGAGUCGAGAAUUUAUUUUUGUAAAUCGCCCAUCACUUUCUUGCAAAUGAGCGGAGAUCAUGGUAGAAAAGCAGCGAAUUAUUACGACCACACCAGGUUAUCACCGCGGCAUCGAGUUUUUGAAGCCCAGGAAGAAGAAGCUCAAAAGGAUGAGCUCUAAGAAACCAACGGAUGAAUUGCAGGCAGGAUCCUCUUCUGCAAGUGAUCAGAAGUCCUUCGAGGCCGUCGCUUUACCAGUGAGCAAGUAUAGAGGAGUGCGCAUGCGUGCGUGGGGCAAAUGGGUUUCGGAGAUUCGCGAACCGAAUAAACGGUCUCGCAUUUGGCUGGGAUCGUUCCCCACAGCCGAAAUGGCCGCGAGGGCUUACGAUGCCGCGGUGUUGUGUCUUCGUGGGCCCAAGGCAACUCUUAAUUUUCCCGAUUCGCCGCCCUCCUCUCUCCCUCUCUGCCCUUCUCCUCGAGAAAUUCAAGCGGUUGCGGCGGCAGCUGCUGCUGCGACUCCGACUUCCCUGGCUAAUACUCAUACUGACGCCACCGCUGUCUCUUUGCGUGCUAACCUGGAUCGCUCCGAGCACAUUGCAAACGAUCCCCCUCGUUCCACACCUCAAAGCCCCACCAAGGACCCCAGCAAGGAAUCGGGAUCUCUACAACAAUCCUCUGGGGAAGAGUUAUUAAAAGUUCUGACUGAUACUCCCAUGCUCGCAUCUAAUCUCACAUAUGAAUCCCGCGAGGGGGGACUUGAUCCAGUAGUACAGUCAAGGGUGCUCGGGCAAGGGGACUCUUCAGGAUACUCGACCACCGGUGCACCUGUAAUUGUGGAACAUUGCAGAGAAUGUUGCGAGGAGUGUCGGAAGAUGAUAACGCAGCAGGAGAGGCAAUCCAGUAACCGCCCAGUGCUUGCCGAAGACUCUGUCCACCCCGAGGCUCCCAACGUCGACGGUCCGUUGAAGAUCGAGGAGGUGGAGGAAUUGAUGGUGCGCCAACAGGAGGAUGUUCAGAGUCUGUUGCAUGGAUUGAAAGAAAUUUAUCUUCCGAUGUCGCCCAACAUUGAGGAGAUCAUCAUCGUUCCCUCUGGGGCUGCGGAAGGCGCCGGCGAUUCGGAUUUCUGGGAGUUUGACAACCUCUGGGGCUUCCCUGGAUGAUUGAGUUUCGAAAAACGUGCAACAACACAUUUCGUCUCUCGAACUUCACAUUUCAGCGCCAACACGAUCCUGCAGAUGUCUUGCAUUUUGAUAUAGCGCAGUGAUUUCGGUAUGAGAGUGUGUUGUGUUUGCAUAUGAUCGGUGUGACGCGCAGCCCUUGUGCGCACUCAUAACGUUCAUGCUAAGCUCAUUUGAUUGUAACUAAUUUGCCUGGAGGAUGACCGUCAUGAUAAGGAGCAGACCCCACGGCUUGGUCUGUGAUUAGCAGUGGUUGUCGAACGUCCCCGAUCUUGAAGGAAUUGUUUUAAAAACGGUCGAAGGGGACUGUUGAAUGAUCAUCUCUUGUUGUUCCCACCACCCACACACUUUAGUCUUUGGAGCCGUCCGUGGAUCAGAGCCCAGAACUGGCGGGAGCGGCACCAUUUGCACGAAGACAUGUCCUGGUUGGAGCAACAAGAUCGAAUACAUGUUGGGAAUUUUAUCCAACCUAAUUUUCCUCACGCCUGGAUUAAGAUUUGGCGAACGCAGCGUAGUAUAGAAUGCUACAAUUUUUUAUUUUUUUGCUAAUGAUCGACGAUAGAGUAGUGCUCGCCACGCCAUUACUAUCACGCCUUAGUAAUCGACACUACGAGAAACGUAGAAACUGUCUUUGAGCUGCCGGAUGUACCGUCGCUGAUAUAAAGCAUUUUGAGUAAUCACUUGUGUGUUAAUAUUCUCAACAACGCCUAUCGUCAUCGUUA